UCUGUCAAAGCGAACCGGGAAGUAGGCAGGACUUAAAAAUGCACACAGCCUCCACUGUUGUUCUGUCGCUGUGAGAGCGCGUGUGAAGUCAGUAUCAACCUGUCGUCGCGUGUGCUUCAGAGGGUCUUAACCGCCAGGUUAUCAUCUCGUUAACGGACUUUACCUGAGAAAUAACCUUGAUGCGCCAAUCACCCAGGAGGAAAUUUCAGCAGCAAUAUCAUCCAUGCAAUCAGAAGAAAUGGCAAACAUCCCCCUCUCGCGCUCUGAGGUGUUUGGGGAGCUGAGGAAGGAGCUGCAUGAUGAUAAAGAGUUCCGUCAGUCCGACGCUCACGUCUUCAUCAUCAUGGGAGCAUCGGGGGAUCUGGCUAAGAAGAAAAUCUACCCAACUCUCUGGUGGUUGUACAAAGAUGGCCUCCUCCCUGAGCAGACGUAUUUUGUGGGCUUUGCACGCUCUGACUUGACAGUUGAUGCCAUUCGGACUGCUUGCAUGCCAUACCUGAAGGUGGCCGAUAAAGACGCAGAGCGGUUGUCAACCUUCUUCAGCAGGAACACGUACAUCAGUGGGAAAUAUGCAGAAGAGAAUUCCUUCUCCAACCUCAACACGCACAUCCUGUCUCUGCCCGGAGGCCCCGAGGCAAACCGUCUCUUCUACCUGGCGCUGCCACCCACCGUAUACCACGAUGUUACCAAGAACAUCAAACAAUGCUGCAUGAGCACAAAAGGCUGGAACAGGGUGAUCGUAGAGAAGCCGUUUGGACACGAUCUUCAGAGCUCUGAAGAGCUGUCCACUCACCUCUCAAACCUCUUCACUGAAGACCAAAUCUACCGUAUUGAUCAUUAUCUGGGCAAGGAAAUGGUGCAGAACCUCAUGGUGCUCAGGUUUGGGAAUCGAAUCUUCGGGCCGAUCUGGAACAGGGACAGCGUGGCCUGUGUUGUUCUCACCUUUAAAGAACCUUUUGGCACUCAGGGACGAGGAGGCUACUUUGAUAAUUUUGGCAUCAUCCGCGACGUCAUGCAGAACCACUUGCUCCAGAUGCUCUGCCUGGUUGCGAUGGAGAAACCAGCUUCCACCAGCUCUGAUGAUGUCAGGGAUGAAAAGGUGAAGGUGCUGAAGUGCAUCGCUCCAGUGUCCAUCUCAGAUGUGGUGCUGGGUCAGUAUGUGGGGGAUCCAGAGGGCGAGGGAGACGCCAAACUGAGUUACCUUGACGAUCCCACAGUUCCUAAAGGAUCGACUCAGGCCACCUUCACCACCGCUGUACUGUAUGUGCACAACGAACGCUGGGACGGAGUUCCUUUCAUCCUUCGCUGUGGAAAAGCUCUGAAUGAGAGGAAAGCCGAGGUGCGGCUGCAGUUCACGGAUGUCCCAGGGGACAUUUUUGGAAGUCAGUGUCGCAGGAAUGAGCUGGUGGUGCGCGUGCAGCCCAACGAGGCCGUCUACGCCAAGAUGAUGAGCAAGAAACCCGGCGUCUACUUUAGCCCUGAGGAAACUGAGCUGGACCUCACCUACAAGAGUAGAUACAAGGAUGUGAAGCUGCCGGACGCUUACGAGCGUCUCAUCCUGGACGUCUUCUGUGGGAGUCAGAUGCACUUUGUACGCAGUGAUGAAUUAAGGGAAGCAUGGAAGAUCUUCACACCUCUUCUUCAUUACAUAGACAGAGAGAAGCCCAAACCUAUACCUUACAAAUAUGGAAGCCGCGGGCCAACCGAAGCGGACGACCUUGCGAAGAGAGUUGGAUUUCGCUAUGAAGGCACGUACAAAUGGGUCAACCCUCACAGACUGUGAAUGUGAUGAGAUGAGGGAGGAGUAGAGGUAGAACAGUAGAGGAGGUGCAGCGAGGGAAGUGAGCCGUGUUCGAUACCGAGGAAGGAGGCGUUUCCACUGUGUGGAUCCAUCGCACUAGCAGGAAGAAGCUUUUAUUUCUCAGGUAUGACAAUUAUUCCUUUGAGCCAGUUCAUCAGACAUUCAAAAGAGAAUUGAGAAUUUAUCAUGGGCUUAUAAAAGAUUUGUCAGUAGUUUUAUUUUUCCCUUUGUACAUUCACAGCAACUCGCCAUGUUUUUAUAUGAGAGGUGGGACCAAGUCUGUGGAAGCCCUGAGAGGCAAAUAGGGCAGAAAUAAAUGUGGUGAUUCAUUUUUGUUUAUGGCUUAUGAACAGGUGAGAAAAAAAGGUUUUGCUUGGGUAAUUAAAGUAAUAUUUAAUUCAACCUGUGAAACCGGAGCAACAGGACCAUUUAAGUUUUUAAGCAUCCUGUGUCCAAAAUGAGUAUUGCAACAAUAAACUACAUUGUGAUGCCCAUGCUCUAAACCAGGGAUGUCAAACUCAAAUACACAAUGGGCCAAAAUUUAAAACUUGAAUAAAAUCGCGGGCCAACAUUGAACAAAUUAACCUUUUAAUAUUUACCAAACAUGUUUUGCUUUAACAUUAAAUAUGGAACCAGCAACACUUAUAAACAUACAAUAUAUAACUAAAUAGUGCAGACAUGCAAAAUCAAAUUUCAAAUAAAAAACACAUCAGUGUCAUUAAUUUACAAUAAUAAUAUAAUAAUUUGGUAUUGCCUCGCGGGCCAAAUAAAAUUACACUGCGGGCCAAAUUUGGCCCGCGGGCCAGAGUUUGACACCCCUGCUCUAAAUAAUGAAAUGCAAUAAAUAAAUGUCAUUCUGCUAGCAAUCAAUUAAUAUAUUUAAUCCUGGCAGCUGUAUUGCAGACAAAAAAAAAAUCUUUAAUCUUGAAUAAAGACUAUUUUGACAAAAAAAAAUUCACCUGUUCUAAAAGUCACAAACACAGGAAAGAAAACAAUGUACAUCAGAAUGAGUGCUAGAUUAUUAUUUUUUCUCUCACUUGCUUCUCAGGGCAGUUUGAGAAGGAACAAAACAAAAUCAGACUAAUUGUGAAAAAGAAAAGAACUGUCUGCUGAACUGGCUCCAUGUCCCUGUCUCUAUUAAUGAGGUCUUAAUUAGUUUGGAUGGUAAAUGGAAUAACUGAGUAACAAAAAGACACUGAGCUGAGUCAUGCAGGCUCAGUGUAAGCACUGUACCAAAGAUGGUAACAACACAGACGAGACGAGGAACAACAGGAAUGAUUGUUCACCAGCUGUCACUCUUAAUAACCAUCGUGAUUGUAAACACCAUUAUGCUUUGACUGCAGUUAUUAAUCAUGCUUCGUGGAAUUUCUUUUUACAACUUGCGUGCUGUUUUUGCCUCCUCUUUAAGAUAAGAUAAGACUCUGCGGUCUACAAACUGCAAUGCAGCCGUUUUUCUUCAAAGCAUUCUUACUGAAAUAGUCUUAAUGUCCUUAUGGACAAACAGAACAAGCUCCGUCUUGUUUAGUAGCCUCCCUCUGAGCUUCAUUCCCUUUGUUUACAUUAUGUUCUUCAGGUUUAUUUAAGUUGCUGAUGUUCAUUCCGUAUUUGAAGUCUAUCACAGGUCAACAGUGAAUGUCUUUGUACUGAAUAAUGCUGUUAACUGCACACUCAUAUGUAAUGCUAGCUACAUUUCCACUAUUUGUAAUAAAGUCGUUUUGCUUCAGUGUG